AUGAUCUAUCUAUACCAGUCAGUUUAUAUCUAUCUAUCUAUCUAUCUAUCUAUCUAUCUAUCUAUCUAUCUAUCUAUUUCUAUCACCUCUCCUUCUGAUUGCUCUUUCCCCUUCCCGCUCAUUAUUAAUGUUUUUGUUCCUUAUUCUUUCGCACCCUGUAACGCCCUCUUGUUUUCCCUUCUCUAUCUAUCUAUCUAUCUAUCUAUCUAUCUAUCUAUCUAUCUAUCUAUCUAUCUAUCUAUCUAUCUAUCCAAAUUAGAGACCUGUCAUAAUUGUAAAACUUCCUUUUCUUGUUUUUUUCUCAUCUAUCUAUCUAUCUAUCUAUCUAUCUAUCUAUCUAUCUAUCUAUCUAUCUAUCUAUCUAAAUUAGAGACCUCUUCUUCCUUUUCUUGUUUUUCCUAUAUCUAUCUAUCUAUCUAUCUAUCUAUCUAUCUAUCUAUCUAUCUAUCUAUCUAA